AUGGCGCCAUGGCGGUUUGAUUGGGACGGCGGCAAGGUUACCAAGCCCAACUCCAGCGGGCCUCUCAAAUCUCGGCAUGCAAAUCAGCAGGACCCACUGUCAGCGUCUUCUCUUGUCCUGUCCGCCCCAGCACGCGCAGCCGCCCCGUCGCGCCCUCGCCCCCGGCCGCCGCCGCGGUCGCCGCGUGCCUGCCCCCGGCCUCCAUGCUGCCCGCCGCGGUCGCGCUCUGCCCCAGCUGCGGUGCUCGCCCCGAGACGUGCCACCCGCCGUGCUGGCCCGGCACUACCACCACCUCCUCCGCCUAGCGCCGCCUCCGCCUCCUCCGCCUUCGCCUCCUCCUCCCGGCGCCGCGUCGGCUGCUGCUCGGAGUCGCCCGCCGUCACAUGCUCUCCCCUGCCUCAGGCUGCUGCUAGGCAAGCAUCUGAAUUGCAAAAUCAUGGGACCGCAAGCGAUCGAUACCUGCAGCUCCAGGAUCCUCAUCUACUGAACGUUCUUGGCCUCUUCGUUCAUGCCAGAGUCAAGUUGAUAGGCGAAUCAGUUGACAGGACGAUAGGCGAAUCAGUUGACAGACAGUUCAUCAAGGAAGAGAUACUACUGUAUUCCUGUGCAGGUCGACAGGCGAGACCAACUGUUAUUUACCUCAAGCAAACUAAAUCAGUAAGCUCCCAGUCAAAAUGAAGAAACUGAAGCCAGUUCAGAUUGCUACUUGGAGAAAUAACCGUGAAGCUAUGAAAGCCUUUUCAUGAUGAAGUUCAAGUUUUGCUAGUAGAGCAUCUAUGAUUUUCUUAUGUAGCCAAGCUUGAAUGUAAUUUCAGUCAGAUCUGAAAAUGUUAUAUUUUUAGGCUAAAUACUGAGGAUUCUUUUGUUUAGUUAUAUGAAGAAUUUAUAUGAAGGGUUCUGGAAAUCAGCUAAAAUGCUGACUUAUUUUUGCACAAUA